AUGACUGGCGACAAAAGUUUAAGAAAGUUAACUCGUAAAGAAGUUGAAGAACAUAACAGUACAAAGAGUAGUUGGAUUGUUAUUGGUAACAAAGUAUAUGAUGUUACAGAAUUUUUGGAUGAGCAUCCUGGUGGUUGUGAAGUACUCCUUGAGUUAGCUGGUGGGGACGCUACAGAAAACUUUGAAGAUGUUGGCCACUCAACAGAUGCACAGGAGAUGCGGGAAACCUAUUUAGUUGGAGAAAUUGAAAAGGAUGAAAAGCAGACAUAUUCUCCUAGUAAAAAAGAGCAACCAGCACCAUCAACUAUAGAGUAA